AUGGCCGGAUACCUUGGGAAUGGCCAACAAAAUGGCUCUCGACAAGCCCUGAAUGCUUAUUUCGCACAUGGCGAACAGGAGGAGAUGGUCGACUUGAAUGGGUACAGAAGCCCCCGGAAUGUGAAUAAUUCCUUCGACUUUUCGUUUCAAGACGGUCCAGCUAGUCCUGCGCCCGCCUCCCCGAAGCCUGUGGCCCCAUAUCGCCCCGGUUUACAACAAAAGCGCUACAGUCCACCGGACUACAGCACUGGGUCAGGCUGGCUUACAACACAGACUCCGCGCUCUUCUCGUGGUCCUGAUUCCUUUUCUGACUCGCCAUAUGACUCCCGUGCCGCGUCGCCAACAAUGUACUCCCAGGACGUCCAACAAAGCCACCAGAGUCUCGCACCGCUCGUCAAGGAAUCCGCUUCGCCGGGGUUCGCCAAGGACUGGGUUCAGUCUGGCUCCAUUGCCCGUCUCAACGAUCGCGACGAUGCGGAGAUCUGGAAAGGCUGGAAGCGUUGGAUUUUCUUCUUCACGCCAUUCCUGACGUUCGGAAACACGGCGAUUUACCUCUUGUACUUGGCUCUACGUAUCUAUUGUAUUAUUAGCGCUCAGAACAAGGCCCAUACUAAUUUCGCGGGGGCCUGGGUCUUUGUCGCCAUCGAAAUCGCGGUGAUGAUCCCGUCUUUGAUGCACAACUGCUGGACAAUGAUGGCGUUGAAGAAGCGAGGCCGCCCCAGGCUGCGCUUGACCGGAAACGAUUGUCCGACCGUGGACGUCUUCGUGACGUGCUGCGGAGAGGAAGACGAAGUUGUCCUCGACACCGUCCGAGGGGCGCUGGAUCAGGAUUAUCCAACCGACCGGUUCCGAGUCAUCGUUCUCGACGAUGGAAAGUCGUCUUCCUUGGAAGCGGCCGUCAACCAGAUGACAGUCAAUGCGCCCAACCUGUACUACAUGGCCCGAGAGAAAAUUCCCGGCAAGCCUCACCACUUCAAGGCGGGUAACCUCAACUAUGGUCUGGAACAAGUCACUCUGCUUCCUGCGGGAGCUGGCCAAUUCAUGGCCGCUUUAGAUGCCGACAUGAUUCCCGAGCAAGAUUGGCUGCGCGCUGUGCUUCCCCACUUGUUGGUGGACCCCAAAAUGGCCCUUGCGUGUCCCCCGCAGCUCUUCUACAAUGCCCCUGCGUCUGAUCCUCUCGCCCAGAGUCUUGACUUCUUCGUACAUGUCAUUGAGCCAAUCAAGGAUGCUCUUGGCGUGGCUUGGUGUACCGGUUCCGGCUACGUGGUUCGACGCGAAGCUCUCGAAGAAAUUGGCAACUUUCCCUUGGGUUCCUUGGCAGAAGAUGUUGCAACGUCGACUUUGAUGCUUGGUAAGGGUUGGAAGACUGCCUAUGUCCACGAGCCGCUCCAAUUUGGUACGGUGCCCGAGGACUAUGGUGGUCAUUUGAAGCAGCGGACUCGCUGGGCUAUUGGAACGGUUGAUACUGCGUUCAAGCUCAAGUUCUGUCUCUGGGGUGAUAGCGUGCGACUCAUGAGCUUUGCCCAGCGUUUCUCUGGUUUCCUCUAUGCGACGCUGAGUCUAUAUACCCUUCUGCUCACUGCUUCUCUGUUUGCUAUCCCCAUCAUUCUUCUGUGGCAAAAGCAACUAGUUGCGUAUGCCAACGAUGACCAGCUUCACUGGCUCAUCUGGGCGUGUUUUGCGACCACCCUGAUGAACCGCCUCUGCGAAUUUGCCCUCUUCAUUCCUGCUGGAUAUCACACCGGCCAGCGUGGCUCCCGAUACCAGCUCUGGAUGUCGCCGUAUAUUGCCCUCUGUAUCGUCCGAUCUUUUAUCCUUCCCAAGUGGCUGGGUGGUCAAACCCAAGCAUUCAAGCCCACGGGUUCUCUAGGCUCCGCCUUGAACGAGCGUGAUCCCCAAACCCGGAGGAACCUGUUUGUUCGUCUCCGUGUCAUCCUGUUUAACUACAUGGGUCUGUUCCAUUUUGCCUUCGUUUAUGUCACAUUAAUCGCGGUGGUCAUCUCCAGCUACCGUUGCUUCGCCAUUUCUAGCGGUUUCAAGGACACCAUCAUCUGUUUGAUCACCCAUGCAUUUUGGCCUCCGGUCACUUUCCUUUUCAUCGUUACCUCACUGUGGACCCCUGUCUCCUACGCUAUCGACCCGCCGUCAAUGCCCCCACGCGAGGAUCUGCUCACUCGGGACCCCAAGACCGGCGUUGCUCACCCGACGAACAAGAGCAAGAAGAUCGCUUUUGGUGGUCAAGCCGCUUGGUUCGAGCUGGAGUACACCUUGGCCACGGUGGUCACCGUACUGGUCUUCGUCUACUCUUUCUUCUUCUAG